AGGUAUAUAAUAUAUACUAUGUAGUGCGCAUGAGUAGGGAGUAUUUCGUCAUUUGUCAUUGAGCCCCAGUAACAGGCACUGUUAGCUAAAUGGUUAGAAAAUUAUCAGCUAGCUUUAUCUUGACUUGUAUUCGACAGAAGUACGCAUUCUGCUUACACUGCGAAACAAUAAAAUACUUUUGUACAGUUUAUAUUAAUUUACAAUAUUAACCUUGUUUGUAUUUUGUGAGAUUUGUGGCAGCUAAUGUAGCAGAUGGUUAAUGGGCGUGUGACUACGCUACAAUACGCUCUCCGCUCCCUAUAGAAGUGCACUACCUAGGGUGAGUUAGAACACAUUCCACACUCUACCGAGUGCACUACCUGUUCAUGAAGGAGGCAUUUGGGAUGCAGCCGGUCGCGUGAGGUGAUCUGUGAGUGGCAGAGUGAUGAGACAUGGCUUUUCAGCAGGUUCUGUUUUUCCUCAGGCCUCUGAGGAGGCGAUUAUCGCCGUCAGUCACUGUGUUGAGAUACUCCAGCACCACAAGAGCAGAUAAUAAUGAAGCAAAAACUGACUUAAAUGAUGAUAAAACAGAAUCUUUUGGUUCUGGAUCUGAGAACAAAUCUUUACUGGACAACCUCAGUGUGCUUGGUGUGGAUGUACAGAUGGCACAGCGAAGACAACCUGGUGUGUUUCGCAAAAUCCAUACAAACGAGCAAGGACUGAUCGAUUUCUUGGAACAGAAAGGAGCGAGCCGUGAUAUCAUCGCUAGCAUAAUUUCCCGUUUUCCACGAGCUAUAACGAGAUCUGAGGAGCACCUGGAGGAACGCUGGCGUCUGUGGCGCAACAUCUUCAACAGUGAUGACGAGGUAGUUAAUAUCCUAAAUCGUUCCCCAGAGUCAUUUUUCCGCUCUAGCGAUAACGGAAACCUGGAGAAGAAUAUACUUUACCUCAGUUCUUUAGGGAUACAGCCUAAAGAUCUGCACCGUCUCCUAACCAUGGCACCAAGGAUCUUCUCAAACACUUUGGCACUGAACCGGACAAUGGUGGAGCUCCUGGAGAACGUAUGCAUGAGCCUUGGAGGUACUGACAGUAAGAAGUUCGCCCGCACCGUCAUUUCCAGAAACGUGUACAUCCUGAUCCGGAGCACGAAGCGCGUCAGGUCCAACAUCGAGUUCCUCUUGAGGUCGCUGGAGCUCAGCGAUGAGGAGGCACUUAAGCUUCUGCAGGGCCACGGUGCCAAAAUCCUCGAUCUGUCACAUGAAAAUAUGAAGACCAACUUCAGAAAUCUGCAGCUGAAGCUAAAGUCUUUGGGCUGCAGCCAGGGGCAGGUGAGGGAGAUCAUCCUGAACUACGCUCCCAUACUCUUCGUCUCCUCAGACACACUAAACCAGAAGCUGGACUGUCUGACUGAAGGUGGGAUUGACAUCAGAAGCAUCAUAGAGAAGCCCAAAUUGCUGGAUUACAGCGUCACCACCUUGAAACAGCGUCUGAAGGAUCUGCACAAACUUGGUUAUGACUUUAAGGUGAACGGAAUUAGCGUCUUAGAUUUGAGCAACAAGCGAUUCAAAUCUAAACUGGACAAACUGCGAGAACUUGGAGUGUGAGAGCAGAGGUCAGAUAACCAGGGCUUUAAGAGUGAGCCUUGGUACAGGUACAUCACAUAAGUGUGUGCUUAAUGCACAAGGUGGGGUGGAACACUGAUCAUCUAGCGGGGAACACAAACUCAGAAUGAUCAAACCUAUGUGUGGUUCUUCUCUGGUGCUGCAAAGUGGUCUGAAAUGUCUUUAUACACUGUACCAUUAUAUUUUCCCUUCCACACCUUCUUCCACCACAAUGAUGUUCCAAAGCAGCUGCAUGGAGACAUGGUAUUGAGGUGAAGUGGAAGAUCUGGAGUGUCCUGCACAGAGCCCUGACUCUGACUCAACAUGAACUGGAACUGGAGUCUCCACAACAUCCCAACAUCAGAGUCUGAUCUCACUAAUGCUCUUGUAGCUGAACAUCUAGUGGAAAAAAUUCCAGAAGAGAAGAGCUGAUUAUAACAGCUAAUACAGGGGGAGUUAAUCUGGACUGAGAUGUUCAGCUAGCACAUAUGGGUGAGAUGGUCAGGGAGCACAAACGUUUGGCCAGAUGUUCGCUACUUGGUUGCUACAUUGCUUUUUAGAUAGCACAGCGGUGGAGUAAACCAGCGCCGUUCCAUCAGCACUGAUGUAUAGAUGGAGAUAUCCGAGGAAUGAACUCCAGUCCGAACAGAUGUAUGAACUUAACACAAACAUUGUUUACGUUGCUUUUGUUUACAGCUUCAUCCUUCAUUUUCAGAAUUUGUAUCCGACUGCAAUGAUGAGCAGGUUGAUCCAACACUCCUUCAUCGAGCAGAGACGGAAAAGGAAGUGGACUCAAGAUGGUGGACAAGGGGAAGUGUAGAAUAUAUACCAUAUAUCACCAUAUAUCUCUUUCAUCUCUUUAUACUACAGUGCUGACACGGGGAACAUAACAUGCUGUGUUUAUUCCGUCUUUUUAAACGAUUAACUUACAGAGAGAAUGAAAAGAGAACCUGGUGAGAGAAUGAGUGUGUGUAGCUGCUAUAACGUAAACCAGAACAGGAAUUAAUUUGAGUCACAGACAGGAGUAACACCUGGCCACAGCACACCUGGCCACAGCACACCUGAAACUGAUGACUGUGUGCUAUUGGUCAGCAUGCCUACUGAGUUCAGCCAAUCAGAACACACAGUACUGUCUUCAUAUACAGGUAAAAUGAUUGGGUUUUGAUGGACUAGCAUGCUGGUGUGUACACGUCAUAAUACUGAAAUACAAUGAGUAUUUACCUGGAAGAAGGUUCAUUCUUUCCUGGUGGCUAACACUAGCUCUUGGUCCCUAUUUAUCAGAGAAAACAAUGUGUACUGGACAAGUUCUUAUUUAAUUUAUUUAUUGAUAUAAAAUCCAUGCAAAAGUUGAAGUACUGCUUAAUGAGCCAAAUUUAAAGCUUUUUCAUUCAUUAACAUCUGUCACAAUGUUAACUAGAUAAAAAUAAAACUUAAUAAAACCAUAUAAAGAUGAAGAUUUGUAAGCUAUACCUCAGACAUGCACAGUGCGUGCUCCCCGUUCUUAUGAGCUUGAUGCUAAGGGUAAAUGUGUAAGUGUGAUUUUAUCCAAAAUAAAUCCUUUUCUCUGUGAUUUUACACCAGAUCUGAGGUAAAUGUUGGUGUCCUGGAUGUUUCUGUCUCAUUUUUAUUGCCUGUAUUAAACUGAUGAGGUAAAUAUUUAGCUUCAGAAAGCCGUUAAUGCUUGGCUGGUCAUAUUGUUUUGCUAAGUAUCCCCGUUAUGAGGAUUUUUCUUUGUGUGUGUGUGUGUGUUUCUCUGUAAUUUUAUCGGAUAACUUUAUGAAUGAAAAACAUAUAAAUGUUUUGGAAUGAUAAUUUUAAUUUAUACAUACUUUAUUAAAUCUGACGGGAUUUUUCAAGCCAUUUUCCGGUCUAAUAUUUUCUGACUGAAGACAAAUAAAAUCACACACACACACGUUCAUAAAGCUGUAUUUUUUAAAGAUAAUACAUAAAUAAAUGUCAUUUGCAUAAAA